CCAGAAAGAGGAACUGUAACAGCCUGUUGUGGUUCAACCUUCCUGUAAUCUUAAUUUUUUAACAUUCGGCGAUGCUUCACCCUUACCACUGAGGAAUGAGGAGCAAGACUAAAAAGAAAAAUCGUGCCGCAUCUUUCCCUAAUUGAUUCUGGCGACCGGGGUCUGUUUUUUUUUUUUUUCCGGACAUUUCACAGGCAGUCAGCUGAAUGGAGCAGCAGCAGAAGCAAAAGCAGCAGCAGCAGCAGCAGCAGCGGGGUUUCUGUAGCUUCACCCCGGCCCGGUCUGCAGGCUGCGGGGUUGGAGUCUCCACCGGUCAGUCCACCAUGCGUCUGUCCAUCACCUCGACCACCGGCAGCCCAGUGGAGCUCAGCGUCCCCCGAGUAGAGACUGUGGAGGGACUGAGGACACGUAUCUCCCAAAAACUCAGACUGCAAACAGACAGAAUCGUGCUCCUGCAUAAAGACAGGCAGCUGACUGCAGGAAAACUGCUGGACCUGGGUGUAGCAGACGGCAGCAAACUGACCCUGGUCCCUGUCAUUGAAGCCGGUUUACUAUGCUCAAGUGCUAGAGCUGAGAGGACCAUGAUGGAUGUUUUGGAAAGUUUAACAGAAGUUCAGAUCAGUGACUUCCUCUCCGGGCGCUCACCUUUGACCAUUAACCUGGGAAUCGGUGCUCACAUGAUGUAUGUGCAGCUCCAGCUGUCUGCGCAGGAUGUGAAAGAGCUGCAGAAGGAUGGGGAUGUGAGAGUCUGCAGUAGCAGCGAGCCUCAGACUAGCCUGCCGACAGCUGGCAGUGUGAGUCACCCCGGCUCUGCCUCAGCCUGGUCCACAGGCUCCACUACCUCACCUGCUUCCCAAAUCUCCAUUCCAGCCCCGGACCCUGCUGACUCUACGUCCCCGAUCCAACUUAGCACUCAAAGACCAAGAACUUGCUUUAACUCAACAGCUCCCACCUCCCACCCAUCCACUACUGUCCCUGCUGCAAACUGCCAACACCACUCACCUCUACCUCAAUCCUGUCACUCUAUACACACAUCUGCCCCCGUGCUUUCAACCACUUCUUUGCCCUCUGGUUGUCCACAUCCCAGCAGUCCGCUACAAGCAGCCACACCUGUCUGUUCCCCUGCUCCCUCCGGCUACAGUUCCGGACCCCCGAGUCCAGUACCAGCCUCAACCUUCAAAAAGAGUAAUGUUCAUGCGUCAUCCACUGCAGAGCUGUGUAAGCAGCCAGGAGCAGUCAUAGAAAGUUUUGUGAGCCACUCUCCAGGCGUCUUCUCCGGGACUUUCUCUGGCACUCUGACUCCUUACAGUCAGAGCGGCAUCAACCACCCUCGACGUGGCAUCAGCAUCAUUCUCCAGAUUCUCAAUGACCUCCUCAGAGCUGCCUACUACCAACAGGGGGCAACACCCACCCUUCCUCAGCGCCACUGUUCUCCUUCACACCCUCCAGUCAGCCCAGUGCUCACAGCAGAGGAGCCCAGCAAAGCCAGAAGCAAACCUCUGGUGACCCAGAGGGCGGAGCACGCCAGUGAAGCUUCAGACAUUGAGAGUCACCCCCUUCGCUCAUCCACAGAGGAAGAUCAAACCUUGCACUGUAAGCUAGAGCGCCUCCAGUUUUUGAUGCAUCAGCGGCGCCUUCGCAGGCGGACUCGCAGGAGCUCACACGUCUCACAAACGUCUCACCCGUACCAGCACCGUCACCAUCGUCCGUAACCCCUUGUGAUAGCGGUGGCAACUUGCUGAAGAGCGAGGGCGCCUCCCUUAAUGAAUGAAAGUUUCUGAGAGGGAGACGUUUGUUGCCAUUUUAUACUAUUAUAAGUAUUUCUAAAGAAUGUAAGCUUAAAAGACCUGAGGACUCUAAUUACUGUGGUUGUCAUUCUGUUGAGUAUAGUUAUUUCAUCUACCAUAAGUCUGUCUUUAAGUGACAAUGGCUCUCGUUGUUCUGUAGCAUAUGUCACAAAAGAUUUCAGUGUACAUUUUCAUGUUAUACAUCUUGGUGUUUUGUAUAAAGACCUCUUACUGUAUGUUUGUCUAUGUAUUCAAUGCCUUAACCAUACUUGUCUUGAAUGUAAACUGUAUGUUUUGAUCUCUGUUGCUCUAAAAUAUUUUACAUAUGCAAUAGUCAGAUGUAAACAUGAAGAAGGGAAAAGAAUAAAGAAAAAAAUGGAAAAA